UUUUUUUGAUAGAAAAACCCUCGUCCAUCACAUUCACAAAUCACAAACUAAGCAUGGCAAGUGCAGAACCCUUAAGUUCGAAUACGGCCGCCGUAGAAUUGCGCCGUCUGACAGUGUUGUCGGUGCUGAGCGAGUGCGUCCGGAUACUCAAAGCAGAUUAUCUACUGCUGCUAUUUCUCUCCCUUAUCUUCCUCUUCCCAAAAUGUUUUUCCUCCAUAUCCCACCCGACCCGCCAAAGCCUCCUCAAAGCCGAGCAUCCCUUUCCUGAUCAAUACCAGUCGGAGACUCUACUUGCUCUUGCUUUCUCAUUCUUCACCCACAUCUUUUCCUUGUGGGGAUUUCUCUAUUAUCUCUUGGGUCUCUGGUCAAUCACAUACGUCGUAUUUCAUUGCUUUUAUAGCCGUAGCCGUUUCAUCAAAUGCGGUCCGCUCGAUACAAUAUACGCCAUGUUUAAAUCUUUGUGUAUCUCCUUUUUCCCUCUGCUAGGUGUGAUCCUAAUCUUUGUUCCCAACAUUGUUAGUUUGUUUAAUCUGGUUCACUUUGGCCAAAUUUUGUUUAAGGGGCUUAGAGGAACUGAGAAAAGUGACAUAGAUAUCUUUUAUGUUGUUUUAGUGCUCGGUUGUCUUAAUCUCCACUUAGAGUGGAACCUUGCACCAUCUAUUAUUGUAGUAGAAUCGGGCGGACUGCUGGAGUCUUUGAGAAGAAGCAGCUUAUUAAUGAAGGGAAAGAAAAUGUUGGCUUUGUCUAUAUUAUUGGUCUAUGGUAGUUUUGCCAUUAUUUUAGGACUCUUUAGUAGUUGGAUUCUGGAAGUCCAGUUGAGUUUGAAUGAUGAUCUGAGUCAUGGUGGUUGGUGGAAGAUGGUGAAUUGGGAAUUUCUGUUUCGAAUUUUACCAGCAUCAGUUUUAUUCAUGCUGGUUUUGUUGUUCAACAUGGUGACCAAUAUCGUUUUCUACGUUUACUGCAUCAAGCCAGAAGAUAAUGAGAAAGAAAAAGUUGUGAAUCAGUCUCAACUAUGAAGUAUGACCGACUUGUGGACCAUGCAGCUUGGUAGAAUCAAUGUGCGGGUCUUCUACUGGAAUCAUCAGCUGGUGCGAUAGUAAUCUUGGCAUUUAAUAUAUAUACAUUUAGUUAUGAGUGAUGUGACUCUGAACUCUGAAGUAAACCUUCUUUUCUGAUACUCAUGGAGAUUGACUAGAAAAAUGUUCUGAUGCUUAUGGAGGUUUCUUUCUUCUUUCUUGUCU